AUGUUCAGAUGGUCGUGAAUCCUGCCGGCCUGCCUCCAGAGGCCAGGUCUGUCCCUGCUGCCUCACUCCUCGAUCUUAACAUUGUCUCCCCUGGUCUCCUCCUAAAUGAUUUUCUUUGGUUUCGUUCCAUAAGCACAAAGUCCAAAGUGCAAAACCGUCAUGCAAGCAGCGAUGGCCUCAGGAACAGCGCUGGUCUAUGAUGAGGAGAUGACCACUCAUAAACUGCUUUGGAGUGAUCCUGUUUGUGAUAUCGAAGUGCCGGAAAGACUGUCAUCCUCCUAUGAGCAGCUUAAACGUUACCAUCUUGUGGAAAGGUGUGUCCAUGUGCCUGUCAGAGAAGGCAGCGAGGAGGAGAUCCUGUUGGUUCACAGUUCAGAACACUUGGAAGUGGCGAAAAGGACACAGACAAUGAAUGAAGAGGAACUGAAGAGAGUCUCUGGAAAUUAUGAUGCUUUUUUCUUUCAUCCGAACACUUACCGCUGUGCCAGACUAGCAGUAGGAGCAACUUUGCAGCUGGUGGAUGCUGUGAUGUCAGGAAAAGUGUGCAAUGGAAUGGCAUUAGUAAGACCUCCAGGUCACCACAGCCAGAGAAAUGCAGCUAAUGGGUUCUGUUUGUUCAACAAUGUUGCUAUUGCAGCAGAAUAUGCAAAACUGAAAUACAGUCUACAGAGAAUCCUAAUUGUUGACUGGGAUGUGCACCAUGGGCAAGGAAUUCAGUAUCUAUUUGAGGAGGAUCCAAGUGUUUUGUAUUUUUCCUGGCAUCGCUAUGAACAUCAGGAAUUCUGGCCAUCGCUCAAAGAAUCAGAUUAUGAUGCUGUGGGUCUGGGAAAAGGAAAAGGUUUUAACAUAAAUUUGCCUUGGAAUAAGGUUGGGAUGGGAAAUUCAGAUUAUCUUGCUGCAUUUUUCCAUGUGUUGCUUCCAAUGGCUUUUGAGUUUGAUCCUGAACUGGUUCUUGUCUCCUCUGGAUAUGAUUCUGGAAUUGGAGACCCUGAAGGCCAGAUGAAUGCCACUCCUGAGGUUUUUGCCCACCUUACCCAUUUCCUGAUGCAGUUGGCUAAUGGAAAGCUGUGUGUCAUCCUAGAGGGUGGAUACCACUUGAAGUCAUUGUCAGAAUCAGUCUGCAUGACUGUAUAGACUUUGCUUGGAGAUCCUGUAGCUCAAAUAACUGGAGAAAUGGCACCUUGCCUAAGUGCAAUUGAAUCUAUUCAAAAUGUGAGAGCAGCACAUAAGCCCUACUGGAAAUGGUUGAUGUAUGAAGAUACAUCAUUUUUACAAAAUUUGAGCACCAAAUCGCACCUACCAAAGGAGGGUAAUCCAAGCCCCACCACAGAACAUGAAUCUAACAAUGAUGAAACUGUCAAAGUAGAAAGGUUUUUGGAACUGCACAUGAAAAAUAUUCUAUUUCCAGUGCCUCCCAUCAAAACAGCAACAACAACUGAUGCUAAAGUUUCAGCACAUUUACUCCCUGUACCUGUUCAUUUGGUGAAGGAAAUGGACAAAACUGAAAUAAAAGCUCUUGUCAGUGGCUUUUAUGCAGACCUUGUGAAAGAGGACAAAACUCUGCUCUCUCUUGGUGGUAUGUUGGCCGUCCUUGAUAAAAUACUGAAGAAGGAGGUAUGCAAUGGAAUUGCAGAAUCACCCACAUCUUCUGUUGCUGUUGCACUAAGACAUGCUGUUCGUUUUGGAUUUCAAAGAGUGCUUUGUAUAUUUGUUGGAGACAUGCAAUUUGUACCAAACACAGAAGAUGGAAAAAUACUCAUGAUACAUAUUGGUGAGAAAGAACAGUCUGGAAAGACCAGCUCCAAACACUAUAUUUCUCUAAACUGGAAAGAGGAUGCUGAAGGAAACGACUUCUUUUCCGCUGUACUUGGAUUCAUUCUUCCUGUAGCCUACAGUUACCAGCCUAACUUGACAGUAAUAGCUGUUGGACCAAACAGGAGCCUUGGAAUAAAUGGGAUUUCUCUGCUUUUUGCUUUACUACAAGGAUUAGCCGAGUCUCGAAUUUUGGCAGUGAUGGAGGACACAGAGAUAAAUUUAAUGCAAAGUGUAGCCAAAGUAUUAGUGGGUGCUUCUACACCUCACUUUGGAGUUUAUGUACCUCCUACCCAAGAAAAAGUAAAUAAAAUAAAAAUAUUAAGAGACCAAUUUCAGCAGGAAUGGAAAAUGCUUCAGUGUUCAGUGAAGGAUGGGAUUUCAAGAAAUUGACUUCAGAAUCAUUUUAUACAGCAGAAGAAAAUGUCUUGAUGUUCACGUUGCCUUUUAACUAAUCAGGAAAAGAGAUGGUCAAUCUCUAAACAGAGUAAGAGCCAUUCACAAUUGUCUCCUGUUUUUAAAAUACUUAAAAUCCACAUUGUCAGCUAGAGAAUUGUGCUCGCAAAUUCUAUAUUGGCACUGAUUACUCAAAACUAACACUUGAAAAGAACACCUGUACUUCAUUGCUGCAAAAUGGGGCCUGUGUCAUUGGUGACAUUGUAGCGUCAGGUUUACACAUGCAGUAGCUUGACUGCAUGAAUGUUAAAGUUAAGUCCAGAAGACAGGCAUCUGAAAUAAGCAAUCAGAACAGCCAAAACAUUUUAAUACUAUUGAACAAAAUACCAAAGUGCUUGUACUGCCGCUACCACCACCCUCUCAUUGGGAGUUUAACAACAGGCCCUUCAGAUGAAUAAAAUUUCAUUUCGUAAUCUGAUUUGAAGAAUUCACCUAACACGGUCUAUUAUUUUAAUUUUUCUAAUGAGUAGUUGUCAAUUGCAAGGAGUUAAAAGCAGCUGAACAGCUAUGUUGUAUGCAUUUCCUGCAUCACACCUGUGUGGUUGAGAGAAGCUUAAUUUCCUGAACUACACCAGGCAUGAGAGAAAAAACACUUUGCAUAUAUAAAAAUUACAAAUGCAUUAUUGAAUAAAGCAGCGUAAAGAGGACUUCACUCUGCCCUCUUUUCAAAUGUAAAUUCUCUAUGUAACAAAUAAAACCACAGACCCCACAGAGAUACAGUUGUGGCCUAAGGCUGGCAUCGUGUGAAUUCUCAAAAUUAAACAACCAUCCCGAGGCAAUAGCCAUCGUGUGCCUUGUUUUGCAGCCUUCCAGAUACAAUUCAGGGCUCAUUUCCAACAGCACUUUUCUGUCACUGUGACUUCAAUAACAUGACCUUUUGAUUACAAAACACUUCAAAUGAUGUUCAUACCGGGGCCGCUACUGGGAUCAACUUCAGGAAUAACUAAAUCUGUCUUCACAGUUCUCUUUUUAUAACUGUUCCUAGUGAUUCCCUUCUCAUUCAUAGUGGUUUUCAGUUAUUGCUGGAUGGGAAAUGAUACCCGGUCCUUGAACAUUUUGAAAUGAAAAUCUAUUUCAAAAGAAACUGAAAGCCAUGUCAAACAAUUUCACAAACAAAAGCUGAAGAACACGACGAUGCUUGGUUCAGAAUUUCUUUAAGCUUAAGUUCCAACUCCAAAAAGUAUUUACUUUAGAUUGGAAACUGGACAACGGCCAAACUUCAGCUUCAGAAAUUUUAGGAACAGGAGAUCUGUUGGUUUAGUAUUAAUCCCUGAAACCCAAACUUGCUUUGACAGUUAAUUGUCUUCAAGGAAGAAGUGUUUUCUCAGAAACCUCUCACUCCCUUUUACCUGCCUUCAUUCAACUGAAUUUCUACAGCCAGCGUUUGAAUCAUACCAGUGCUGUAUUUUGAUUUGUAUUUUUUUAAGAUCUUGACGAAAGGUAUUAAA